AUGUCCAAAACAUCCGCCGCCCCAGAGCCCGGAGCAGUGGACAUCACCACCCUCUCCGUCCCCCAACUCCGCUCCCUUCAGACGCGCCUCAACACCGAGCUCGAACACUUGACCACGUCCCACGCCAAACUCCGCACCGCCCAGUCCAAAUUCCGCGAGUGUAUCCGCUCAAUCAACGAUGGGGUGAUCAAAGGUGCUACUGGAAACGCAGAGGAGAAGAGUGAGAUUCUAGUGCCUCUGACGAAUUCACUAUACGUCAAAGGGCACUUGGCAGACCGCGAGAAGGUCAUUGUGGACGUGGGAACGGGGUUUUAUGUUGAGAAAUCGACGGCCAAGGCGACUGAGUUCUACAACGGCAAGGUAGACGAGCUACAGACAAACCUACGCGACCUAGAAAAAGUACUCCAAGCGAAAAGCACUAAUUUGAGAGUUAUUGAGGAUGUUUUGCGACAAAAGCUCCUUGCGGGCGAAGCGACGGCAGAGCCUAGCUCUUCAGGAGGCGGUGGUGGAGCGUGA